AGUAUGCAGAACUGAGGUUAGUUGAAGACGCCGAGUAGUAAGUAUUUAUUUGCGAUAGGUAGAGCAGCUAGCGACUUUUUCAUCGAAGUAGUGCCUUUUGAGCUUAGAUCAACACGAUGUCGCGCCUGAGUUUCUUGCGAGUCCAGUUGUAUGAGAUAGAAGCGGAAUCGUUGAGUUUGAAUUUGCAACCGAUUUCGAGUUUGAGUUUGAAUUUCAGAAUUAGUUGAUAAAACUGAAAUUUUUGGUUUUCAACUUGGUAUCUACAGUCGAAGCAAGUGCAGUACGAACGAGCGGCAUGAAUUGAAAUCGAAUAUUUGGAGAUAAAAUCAAAAUUUUUCGAAGUUUGUGAAUUCAGUUUGAAUCUGAGAAGCCAAGCUUUAGAAUUAUAGAGGGACUCCUUUCAGGAUGAUCGUUCUGUAAGACGCUGAUGCUCGAGGUAAGACCUAUC